AUCCCUGGAGCUGAUGCGCCGCAGAGGAGGCUGAGGUCCGUAUCCACCUGCAGUGCGGUCCGUGCCUGGUCCUGGUCACAUCCUGGACACACACAUUUUUUUACUCCACCAAAAACGACACCUCCCCACCUUAAUGUGAAUGUUUUAAACCGUGAAAAGCCACAGUUGCCUGCCAUGGAGCCGAAGCGUGACAAGAGCCAUGAUGGGGACCAGGAGAGGAUAUCGCCAGUGCUCCUCAAAUCACGCACAGGAGAAUUUGACCUGGAAUCAAUACUUUUUCUAAAAUUGAGAAAUCUAGGGAUCCACGACCUUGGAUGCAUUGGGGAGUGCAUUAAUCUGGAGAGACUGGACCUAUCUGGAAAUAACAUCACAAACUUAGCUCCUUUGGCUUCUCUUCGGCUCCUUUCUGUUUUGAACCUGUGUGCAAACCGCAUUUCUAACUUAGAUCCACUGCGCAGUUGUGAAUCUUUACAGAACUUAAACUUGGCUGGUAAUGUUCUGAACAGCUUUGAAUGCCUUUACGCCCUUCAGUCUCUGAGAAAACUUGAAAACAUUCGCCUUAAAGACAACACAUACAAUUACUCCAACCCAGUCUGCAGAAGCACGGCUUACAGGGCUCAUGUUUUAGAAAUAUUCCCCAACAUCAAGGUGUUGGACGGUGAAAGAGUGGUGGGCCGUGGAAGUGAUUUGUACCAGUUAUGUAAAGAUAUUGAUGAUACAAUUAAAGCAGGCUCAUACAAAAACGGGCAGCUCGUGGAGCACUCUGACUGUAAGCCUUGGGUUGAAGACAAUUUCUGGGAUAUCAAGAGGUCUAAUAACGCCAUAGUGGACGAAGCGUAUAAACAGUUCAAUGAUGUUCUUCAUGAAUGCAGGCUCCUGAACAACAGGGCCACACACGUCAUCUCUCAAACGGAGAGGUCUAUGAGCCUGAAAAAGCAGUCCAAGCAGUACGCCAUCUGAGGGAGGUUAUUAAAGACGCAAGCUGCUUUUUGUUUCAUUAUUCUAAGUCAUGGCUCUAACUGUUGGUUUCAGCUUUACGCCCAAGUGUCGUUGGCAGCACACAUGCUCUGCCACAGUGUCACACAUUCAUUUCUAUGCAGUUCAUUUACUGGAAGUGUGUGGUUUGAAACACUAUUGCACAGUCUGCAUUUUCUCCUACACCUGCUCCAUGUUUGCUCAC